ACUGCUUGGCAUUGGAAUUUAUAACCCAUUUCGACAAGAAAAAGUGAUACUCCAUAACAAUGUGACUAAGGGAAAAUUAAUGCUCUUCGAAUUUAAGGGUUUCGAUUGAACUUCACCUAAAUUCUUUAAAAUUAAGCCUUAUCAAUGCCAUCAAAUCUCACGAAACGCUUAGAAAUUUACUUGAAUUUAUUCUGCUUAGUUAAUUUUAAAAAGUUCGUCUACUGUAUAGUUGAAAUAUGAUAUGUGUACAUAUUAAUGUAUACCGAUUGAUAUGUAUAGAACUCAUUUAUUUGAAAUACAUUAUACAAUUGUUCAUACAAUAUAUAUUAGUGUCUAUAUCAUAUAUUUUUGAGCGAAAAUUGGUAUCCAUUAUCUUAUUCAAUCAAUGAAUGUGUGUGUGUAUAUAUAACUACUCUUGAUAGAUAUGAGAUGACAAAGUAAGUGUUAACCGCACUCCCCCUUUUUCUCCUUUAAAAAGGGAUGGCAAACACAAUUGAGGGCAAAGCGUGAAGAAUAUCUCAUACUCAUCACCAUGGAUGUUGAGAAAGUCUUCCACAUGACAGGAGGAGUUGGAGAAACUAGCUAUUCCAAAAAUUCUUCACUUCAGAAGAAGGCAUCUGAUAUGGUGAAGCAUAUAACUCUUGAGACAGUAGAAGAAGUUUAUCUAGCAACAAAGCCUAAAAGCAUAGGCAUAGCUGACUUAGGUUGUUCCUCAGGACCUAAUACUUUGUCAAACAUUAAGGACAUCCUGGAUAAAAUCGAAGGUACCAGCAGGAACAUAUUUCAGCAAUCUGCACCAGAAUUCAGAGUGUUUCUGAACGACCUUCCGACGAACGACUUCAACGCAAUCUUCCAGGCCUUGCCAGAAUUUCAUCAUUGGUUAAAGCAGAAAGGAAAUGAUCAUGAAAAUAAAGGCACUUCAAAAAUAUACGUCGCUGCUUAUCCUGGCUCAUUUUAUGGAAGACUUUUUCCAGAUAAUUGCUUGCACUUCAUCUAUUCCUCAUAUAGUUUGCACUGGCUUUCCAGGGUUCCACGAGGACUGUAUGAUGAACAAGGCAAUUCCUUGAACAAAAAUAGUAUAUACAUAUCUGAACAUAGUCCUUCUGAAGUUUCCAAAGCUUACUUGGACCAGUUUAAGGAAGACUUCUCAUUGUUCCUCCAAUCACGGUCAGAUGAGCUUGUUAAUGGAGGAAAAAUGGUGUUGAUUUUAUUGGGAAGAGAAGGUUUUAACCAUGUUGAUAGAGGAAAUUCUUUCUUCUGGAAAAUCCUCUAUCAAGCAUUACAAAAUUUAAUUAGCAAGGGAGAUGUGGAAAAGGAAAAGCUUGAUUCUUAUGAAGUACAUUUCUAUGCACCUUGCAAGGAAGAAAUAGAAGAAAUAACAAGGAAAAACGGGUGUUUUGAAGUGGAGAGGCUUGAAAUGUUUGAAAUAGAGAAAACAAUUGGAAAAGGCAUGAGCUAUGGAACAAUGGUGGCUAUGACAGUCAGGUCAAUCCAAGAAUCAAUGGUGGCACACCAUUUUGGAGAAGCAAUUGUAGAAGGAUUGUUCAAGGAAUAUGGUAGAUUGGUGGAUGAAGAAAUGGCGAAAGAGGAUAUAAGGCCUAUCACUUUCCUAUUAGUUCUUCGAAAACCAUAACAAAAUUGGUGCAUAUCGAGAUGAUAUGUCUCUGCAAUUUAAUGUGCAUACAGUACAAUAAAUUAGCAACUACAACUAGAUUAGAAAUGAUGAUGUUCAAAUUAUACUUGGUGUGCCCUCCAAUCAAAGUGCACGAAGAUCCAAGAUAUAUAUGCCGAAAUUAGUUGACCCGUAUUUUAUUAGUAUAUGUUCAAAAGAUUGAUAAUCUAAAACCGUAGAUCAUAAAAUACUGCUCAGUAGUGUACUUCAAAAUGUGAUUAAAAAAAUACUUAUAAGAUGAGCGGAUUUAUGGUAAAUCUCUCGAGAUCUUUUUA